UAACAUAUGUUUGAGUUUGAGUCAAUGCGGUCCCAAACUUUCAAGUCAAGAUCAGUCAAGAUCGAGACCGGCCAUUUUACGAUACCCCGUUGUUGGAUUAUUCACCUUUCAAAAUUAAAAUUGUAAUUAAUGUCAGAACCACAGUCAGCCCUUCUAUUGAGAAAACAGCUAGCAGAACUGAAUAAGAACCCCGUGGAGGGUUUUUCUGCAGGCCUUAUAGAUGAUAAUGAUAUCUACAGAUGGGAAGUGCUCAUUAUAGGUCCUCCCGAUACCCUCUAUGAAGGGGGUUUUUUCAAAUGUCACCUUUAUUUUCCCAAGGAAUAUCCACUUAGACCGCCGAAAAUGAAAUUUGUCACGGAAAUUUGGCAUCCGAAUAUUGACAAAAACGGCGACGUAUGUAUUUCGAUACUCCAUGAGCCGGGCGACGAUAAAUUCGGUUACGAGAAAGCUUCGGAGAGGUGGUUACCAGUACACACAGUAGAAACUAUUUUAAUAUCGGUUAUUUCAAUGUUAGCUGAUCCGAACGAUGAAUCACCUGCCAAUGUCGAUGCUGCGAAAGAGUGGCGAGAGUCGUAUUCAGAAUUUAAAAGAAAAGUAGCAAGAUGUGUCCGAAAGUCACAAGAACAAGAGGAAUGUUAGUAUAAUGACUGUAUUAUAAUUGAAUUAUAAACAAUUUAAUUAUACAUCGAUUCGAUUCUCGGACUGUUAAAAUUUAUCGCCGGUCUUUUGUAUGUCAUUUUAUACACGGUUUUAAAUAAUAGUUACGAAAAUAUUGUACCGAUAGGUUUUAAUUACACCCGAAUCGAAUCAUAUUUCGAGUUUUUCGAAGGUUUUUUUUUUUUGAUUAUUUGACAUAUUUUUCCGUUUUUUUUUAAUUGGUAAUUUUUUGGAAUUUUCAACGCUGCUCUGCUCUGUCCGGAUCUCACUCAAGAGCGGAAAAUUUCAAUUUAAUAAAUAGUCUGUUUUAUACGAUUUUUGCAUUUUUUUAUUCGAAUAUUGGAUCGAUUUUUUUACGUAAUUCAUACUGGUUCCUAUUACAACUGGAAGUAUUUUUGUAUGUUUAUUUAAUAUUAAUUUUCGUAGAGAUGAGGAUGGAUAAUUAUUAAUUUAGUAGGUGAAUGUGCCUGUUUUGAUAUCACCUCCAAAUUGUGAUACUAAAUUAAAAAUUAACAAAAAUGGAGUUGACAUCAAAAUCCCUUUUUGUAUCCCCCGUAAAAAAAGGAGUCUUAUGUAGUUGUAAAAAUCAAAAUAACUUUGGAAAUUUAAUAAAAUAUAUUUUAAACGUGCGAAACUUCUGACAAUUGCAUUUUCUAUCAAAUUUGUGUAAUAAAUACUUCCAAUUUUGUCCAUUUACACUUUUUUUUAAGAUUAAGUUGUAUUAUAUAGAAUACGUUAAGAGCUCGAACUGUGGAUAAGUAAUAUUUUUUUUCAGAAUCUACCAGGCUUCACGAGAAGUUUUUUUAAUAAUCGUAAGACAGUGAAAUGUCAAAAAAUACUUGUAACUGCUCCUAGACAUGUAAAUUUUACUGUAAUGCUGUAGGUAUCGUAAUUUAAGUAAAUUUUAUUAAAAAAC